AGCGCGCGCCCCUCAGAUCAUCGAUCACAUGGUUCGCUCGUCACCGAGCACCGUGUGUGUUCGUCAGGAGGAGGAUGACAGGCAGGAGGGACCAGUGAGCUCCGCGGAUCUGCUUCUACUGCUGCUGCUGCUGCUGCGAUGAAGAGGAGGAUGACGCUGUCCUGUUGUGGAUCAUCUCCGAGACUGGGCCGCUGAAGACCCCCGCUCCCAGACCAGCCCUCCUCUUCCUCCUCCUCCCUGGUCCCUGCUCCUCUGAUCGGAUCUUUGGAAACCGGCAGUAAACAGCUUCACAGCUCUCCACUGUGACGACUCGGCGCAGCAGGUCCACACUCCUACAGUUUGUUAUCCUGACAUGAUGGGGGACUCCCUCUGCAUCUCCCUACGCGUCGCCGAGGCAGUGCUCAGAACAAGGAGCUUGAUCACGGUCUUGCCUUUUGCUUUGCUGCUACCAACAGUAAGAGUCAGUGCACAGUUCAUGGGAAGCCCCCUGGACUGCCACAAGACCUGUGUGUGCGCCAGCAACAUCGUUAGCUGCUCCAAGAGCAACCUGACCUACGUCCCCAUCGCUCUUCCAGAAUACACAGCCGUCCUGGACGUCAGCUUCAACUCCAUCACCAAGCUCCGUGCCGAGUGGACCUCCGUCAAACUCAGCAGGCUGCACACUCUGCUGCUCAACAACAACGGCAUCAUUUUUCUGUCCUCCGAGGCGUUUGUGUCCGUGACAAAGGUUCAGUACCUGGACCUUUCGUCCAAUCGCCUCCGCCUGCUGGAUGAGGUCAUUUUCGAGCCGCUGGUCAACCUGGAGGUGCUGCUGCUUUACAACAACUGCAUCUCUCAGAUCGAUCGCUCCGCUUUCUCGAGCCUCAUCAUGCUGAAGAAGCUCUACCUGAGCCACAACCUGAUCUCACGCUUCCCCCUGGAGCUGGUGAAGGAGCGGAGCCGGCUGGAAACUCUCAGACUGCUGGAUGUUUCCUCCAACCGCAUCAAAGUCCUGCCCUUGCACGAGCUUCAGGCCCUGCCAGCCUGGAUCAAGAAUGGCCUGUACUUCCACAACAACUCUUUGCCCUGCAGCUGUGAGCUGUAUGAAGUGGUGGCACGCUGGUGCCUCAAGGAGCUCAGCUCCGCUAUUGACUUCAGGAGCAGCCACACUUGUGUGUUACCAGGGCAGCAGAAAGAGAGAAUGGCCAUACUGGAUCUGAACAAGGUCCAUUUGAACUGCAGUGAGGCCAAACUUUUGGACGAAGAAGCUUAUCUGGACCAGUUCCUCGUGCUGGACUGUGAUACCAGGAAGAAGGACAUGACUAAGAGAUGGGCACUGCCUGGAAACAUCCCACUGUCUCUUAAAGCAAACACUACUGCUGUGAAGCGUCCUGACGGCAACCUCCAGAUCGGGCCCCUGAGUGCAGAGGACUCCGGGGUCUACACCUGCUAUGCCACAAGUGACUCGGUCAACGAGACGCUGUAUGUGACUGUAGUUGUGUUUAACUCCACCAUGACUGGUGGCAUGGAGAACAUGAAGACGGCCUACACCACCCUCGUAGCAUGUCUGGUCAGUGCUGUUAUGGUUCUAAUCUACCUCUACCUCACACCCUGUCGCUGCGCUUGUUGUCCGGGUCAGGGCCUGGAGAAGAACGACCCCUGUGACAGCCUCCAUUCUUCAACUGUCAGCGUCUCUCAAGCACACAAUGAGACGGGGCAAGAGCGAGUUGAAGGUGGCUUUAGCUACAGACAUGUGGGCUUCCCAGAUAUCAAGGACCAGCUGGAGCAGAAUGGGAGGUUGAAUCCAAUAGGUGAGGAGGACGAGGAUUGGCACGGGGAGAGCAAGGAGAGAAGGAGGUCCGACGCAGAGUCGGUCAGCUCCGUGUGCUCCGAUACCCCCAUGGUGCUGUGAGGGCUUCAUCCACACGGCUGUGCAGGACUCAAACAUUGGCAUCUUCCAAACAAAGCCAAAGCUCUGUCUCUCAUGGUCAGCGGCAGUGUUUCAGUAGCAUGUAUCAUUGAUUAGGAAAAAAGGAAAGAUUAUCGGUGCGGUGAAAAAAAAUAAUACCCCAAAGCACUCUGUUAAUGCUUAAAGAUAUUUAGCGAAAAUUUAAUUUGACAUCGCAAGAGUGGUAUUUGUGAAGACACAAAACAUGAAGCAUCUUCUUUCAUUGCAAAUGAGCUUUCGAAAAUUGCAACUAUUGCUUUUACUGGCUGAACCUGCAAGGAAUCGCUAUGCAAGUUGUAAUGGAGGAGUUUGAAUAUAGUUUUCACUUAAGUCCUUGAUUGAGAAAAAAAAAGUAGCCAUCAACCCCAGUUACUCACAGCAUGAAAAUAUGCUCGAUGUUAUUAUUAGAUAAAAGUUACACAGCUUUUGUUAUGCACUGCGAAUCUUGGCACGACAAAUACUAGGAGUUUUAAAGUGGUCUGACAGAAGCUGCUGCGUGAUAUAGAAACGAUUAUAAAUAUAAAUGUGAUUAUUUAUUCUUCAUUUUACAUUCCUGUUUGGUUUGGUCAGCACUUACAGGACGUGAUACUGUUAAUUACUCUUAUGCAAUUUUACCAUUUUAAAUUGUUUUAGAUUUAGUGCUCCAGUUGAAGGGUUUUUGAAUCCUUAAACCUUGUAUGCAAGUCUGUUUUAAAAACCAGCAGAUUAUAUGUAUUGUUGUGGCAGUUAUUCCCAUUGAUCAUUGACCUCAUACACACUGUAGGUAUUAGUCAAACUGAUAUCUAUUCGUUUACAUCAAUAUAAACACAACUACUAGCUAUUUACAGACAAAUUGACAUGAAAAAUUAAGUUAAGCCAUCUAUGUCACUAAUAUUAUAAUGCUACAUUCCAGAUUCACUGUAAAAAUAUUGAACAAAGGAACAUAUUUGAAUAUUGAUGAGCUCUAUUGUGCAGAACUAGGUAUAAAGAGGCAGUUUCUUUGUAAACUGACAUGACAGUGGAUUCAGAGAGUCUGCAGAGACAGUUUAGAGUUAAAAAUAAAUAUAACCCUCGUAAUAAACUGAAGCUCAUUUAAAUCACAUUCCACAAGUCAUCCAAGAUGUUCUCUGUUAAUGGAGCGACUGACGACAGAUUUCAGCCUUGCUUCUCCGGUAGAGAGGUUCCCAGUCGGUUCUACUUCUGAUCUCGUAACACAAUCCAGCAACCAGUAAUCACAGGACAGACGAGUUGUAAUUAACCUAAUCAGAGUGAUUUUCCCUUCUCAGAUUGCCUGACCCGAGUCAUUUUUAGAACCCUGAAGAGGCACAACCAGUCAAUGUUUCCCAAGAAAGAGCCAAUGAUAAGAUAAGAGUCUGAAGAAUAAGAAUCAUUUUAUAGAUAAUAAUGUUUUGUCUUAUAUUUCACUACACUAAUCUAAUACAGGGACUAUUACACUUAUCUCCAGAUCCCUCUUAGAGGUCUGGACAACCAGGUCGAGAACCACUGAUCAAGAUUGAACAUUUUAAAUUUUUAGGGUUCAAAUGUUCAAAAACAUUAUAAUGACAAUUUUUGGUUUGGGCUGGAAUUUCAAAUAUAAUAUCUACUGUUAUAUUGCAGUUAGGAUAAUAUGUUAUGGUGAGAGCGACAUUCAGACCAGCAACAUAAACAUACACCCUUCCAUAUUGGAUAGUUAAUAGCAGCCAGGCAGGAGGAGUGGCCCAGGGGAGAGAACUGAGAGCGAGUACCAUCUACUGAAUGCUUCUGGGCGUUAGUGCCUCACCCAGAGCAAAUCAGGAAAUGCCAGCCCGCCAGCCAGAAGUCUCAUAAACACAGUCAGGAAUAGCAGCUUGUAGCCGGGCCAGCACACAGGCAGCCGGACACAGCUGAAAUGUAAAUAUAGAAGUUGCACUUUUCAAACACAUCUACAUUUUAGUUCAUUUGAAAAUGCCUUUAAAUUCUUGACUUUAGAGGUGUUAAUAAUGGUGUCGUUACGAAUGCUGCUUCCAUUUGGUAUGAACACAUGUAAAUCAGGAAAAAAAAAUGCGUCACAAAACUAAAUGGAUUCAACUUAACGCAGAAUGAAACUCCCCUAGAUAUUGGAUGUAGCAAUGGACAGUGCUUUUAUUUUGAAGGAACAAUACUUUCAUCCUCUCAGUUCUGUAGGUGCUUUUUCAAAAAUAAUUUGGGUGAUUCUACACCUUCAUUCAACGUCUAUGGAACUGACUGUAAAAUAAUGUAGCUUGACAUGCUGAGAAACCUUAUAUCUCUCAUAGGGACACAUCUACUCUAUGCUAAUGUACAUACUUCUCUUAAAACCAAAGAUUUAUUUGCAAACAUACAUUAAUAACCUAUAUGUUCAGUGUUUACAGUCAGUACAGUUAUACUGUCUUUACCAUGUUGAGCUCACCUACUGUAUAUUUCUGUGUUGAGACACAAACUUAUAUUUUAAUAUAUGCAAUCCUGUAUACAGACUGCUGUUAAAUUAUUGCUGUAUUGUACGUUGUCUGUUAAUGUAUUGAUCCUGUAUUUCAUAAACUUCAUGUCAACAAGAA